ACUCCACAUAAAGCACUCGACGAGCAGCCGGGACAAGGCCAGAGCUUUGCACUAGAAGUUCACAAGCAACGAUGAAGAGCAGCAUGCUCCUCGCGAUCCUUGUUCUCCAGGCUGUCCUGGUCAUGGGAAUCCUCUCACACGCCAACGCUGAAUUCCCGAAGUGCUGCGACAACUGCAGGUUCUUCUCAGGGGCUGUAGUCUGUGACGACGCAAGCCCGAAGUGUCGCGACGGCUGUGUGAACUGUCGCGUGGUGAAGGCGACCCAUCCCCAGACGUUUCGGUGCGCCGAUGGACGCGUCGAUGAUGGCUCGCCAUGUCCGCCUUGCAAGAAGCACUGAUCUUUCUGAUCUAAUAUCACGGAGUAUACCGUCAAAAAAAUAAGAGCUCAUAGGAGAUGAGAUGAGCAUACACGCGUCGUACAUGUGCGUGUCAGCGCGUGCAUCCGGCCACAGUUGGAUGACAACAACGACACAGCUGUUGUAUUAGUCAUUCGUAGUGGCGCUUGUUAUUCGGCUUUUUUCUCGUGAAAAAGUUGAUGUUGCUCCCUAAAUAAGCACAUGUACCAAGUUAUGAGUCUUUGCUCAAUCAAAAUAAAAAUCAGUUCACCUGUCUA